GAAUCAAAACUGAGACUAUAAACCAGUGGGUUAUUUACAAGCAUUGCAUGAGAUUUUGCUUUGAGCACAAACUUGAGAUGAGUUCUUUUAAUUACUUAUUCUGUGCUCUGUCAUGGCUGCUGUGGCAGCUCUAUUGAAGGCGGUUCAUCCUGAGUGGAGCCCUGCAGCCAUUCGUUCAGCCAUGAUGACCACAGCUUACACCAUGGACAACAACAGAAGUAUUUUGACUGACCAAUCUACCAAUCUCCCAGCUACACCUUUAGAUUUUGGGGCAGGCCAUAUAAACCCAAAUAGAGCCAUGGAUCCUGGACUCAUCUAUGACUUAGAUUUUCAAGACUAUGUUGAUUUCAUAUGUGGCCUCGGUUACAAUGAGACAAACAUGAAAGCUCUUCUCAGGAGAAACCAAUGGAACUGCAGCCAAGAAAGAGCAAACCUAAACUAUCCGUCUUUUGUUGCCAUAUUUAGCAAUGAAUCUAAGAUGGUAAGAAGACAGGUCUUUAACAGAGUCUUGACAAAUGUAGGAGAUGAUCAAUCGGUUUACCAGUCAACAGUGGCAGUUCCCUAUGGACUGGACAUCAAAGUAGAGCCCAGUACUCUAUCCUUCACUCAGAAAUAUCAGAAGCAGAACUUUUCCAUUACUGUGGAGGUUUAUGUGCAGGCUUCUCCUGUGGUUUAUGGAUAUCUAACUUGGUUCGAUGACCAUAAACAUAUUGUUUCAAGCCCUGUAGUUGCCCUGAAUUCCUAGAUAGUCUGCAUUCUAUGAUGCAAAGUAUCACUCAAAAGAGUGACUUAAAUUUGGGAUCAAUAAAUAAAAGUAUAGAUAAACUCUAAGUUUAACAUCAAUUUUUUUUUGAUUCAAGUAUUCAACAGCUUAACAUAAACUGUAAACUCUAGAUGAUAAAAGUCUGCAGAAAUUUAUGAAAGAUGUUAAGCAAAGCUAAUCCUAAAUCGCAUUAGAGGAUAAAUCGCAUUAGAGGAUAAACAAAAAAAUAAAUAAAAUAAAAUAAAAUAAGAAGGAAAUUGGUGCCUCCUAAUUUUGGAGUCCCUGCAGCCUGCCUAAAUGAGAAGAAACAGAAGUUCAGAGUUUCCCUAAAUGUUAAAGAAAUUAAAAAGAAGAAGCAUAUCUUAAUACCCAGACCAAAGAUCAGAGAACCUAACAAAAGAAUAAACCAAAUAUUGUAUU